CACUCUGCAAACUUGUCUUCACAUACAACGAACAGCGCAUCGAUCCCAGCAAACAGCGCGUCACCGGGAGAGGGAGAUAGUUUCUGGAAGAUUGGACCCAGGCGCACACAAUGAUUCAGCUAAAGACCCUCGUCAAUUGUAUCGACAAUUCCGGCGCCGCCAUAGUCGAGUGUGUCAACGUCCUGCGAUCGAAGCGACCCGCAAAAGUUGGCGAUCGCAUAGUAGUCGUUGUGAAGAAGCAGCGUAACUUCGGCCCUGAAACCGGCAACAGCGUAUCCAUCAGCGCAGCGAACAAGGUCCGACGAGGCGAUGUACGACAUGCCGUGGUAGUACGGACGGCGAAAAAAUGGCAGCGGCCAGAUGGAAGCGUAGUCAAGUUCGAUGACAAUGCUUGUGUUCUGGUCAACAAGGCUGGGGAGCCCAUCGGGUCGAGAGUCAGCGGCGUUGUGGCAGCAGAGCUGAAGCAGAAGCAGUGGUCCAAGAUAUUAUCACUGGCCCCGAUGCAUGUCUAAGAGUUGGAAUGGAAAAGAAAUAAAUGAUGCAUUUUCAGGAGUCUAUGGAGCGCAGGGAUAUUGUAGAAUAUGUGUAUGCCACUGUACAAUACCCAUGGGUAUCAGAAGAUGUUUUUGAACUCCUCCCGAUAAGGAUCCGGAGAUUAACGCCUGCCCAAUGCAAUGUCAUAUCGUCGUCUCUCAAUCAUCUUUCAAGUCUCCGGGACGCGAGACAUGACCGCAUCCGCAGCAGACAUAGUAGAGUGCCAUUCCCGUGUCGGCAGUCCGCUGCUGAGACUGGAAGAAGACGGCCUCGUUCUCGC